ACUCAGGGUCGGACCAUCCUCUCACGUUCUGCUCCAGGUAUACUAGUCUAUACUAAUAUCUCGGAGAAAAAACCUGGAAAAUAUUGACGAAAAGACCAUGAUUUGAAAUUUAAACAAUAUAUUUUGCUUAAGUUUAUCAAAAAGCCAAGUGAUAACCAGAGGUUAUAAAAACUACACCUAAUUAUCAUUUCAAGAUUAAGAGUUGUUAAUCAAGAUUAUAAACCAUGUGUUAGCUCUAAUCAUCUUAAAACUCUGCUGUUUCGGAGUCAAACCUCAACUCCCAACGCUGAAUAAGGGUUGGAUGAGGAGCUGUAUACAACCAGAAUAAACAGAAUCUCAACAACAAAAACAUUUGGGGAAAAUAUACUUCUAACCGGAGAAAAUUUUACCCUGAAGCCAAAGAAAAAUAUUCCCUGAACCCGGAGAAAAAUAUUUCCUGAACCCGGAGAAAAAUAUUCUCCGAACUCGGAGAAAAAUAUUCACUGAACCCGGAGAAAAAUAUUCACUGAGCUCGGAGAAAAAUAUUUACUGAACUCGGAGAAAGAUAUACUUUGAACCCGGAGAAAGAUAUACUUUGAACCCGGAGAAAGAUAUACGUUGAACCCGGAGAAAGAUAUACUUUGAACCCGGAUAAAGAUAUACUCUAAACCUGGAGAAAGAUUUACUCCGAGCCCGGAGAAAAAUAUCCACCAUAUAUGGAGAGAAAAGAAACUCCGAACCCAAAGAAAAAUAAUCUCUGAACCAAGAGAAAAAUAAAACCCAAACCCAGAGAAACAUAAACUCCGAACCCGGAGUAAAACAUCCACUGAAUUCCACUGAAUUUAGAGCAAACAACAAAUGUAAGACGAACUGUUCUCCAGCUUGAAGAAGGACCUGGAGUAGGUUAGAAGACUGGAAUCCAGCUUGAAGAAGGAUCUGGAGUAAACUGGUGCUUAGGAUGGUUCCAUGAUCUCUGUAUCCUGGUCAGCUUGGAAACCAAGAAUGGGGUUUCUCACUUACUAUCUUCUAAUCUUAGGCUUGGUAUUAUUGGCUGAUUGUUAUGGACCUCAGUUUCCCCGCCCCCUCCCUCCAAGCCUAACAUUCACCAAUGACACGGGGGGCGUGGUCUCUUGUGUUGUAGGAGGUGAGCCCCGCCCUACUAUAGCCUGGGUAGGGCGGGAGGGAACGCCUCUUCCCUUAGUUCCAGAUCUAUAUAGAGAUAUGGGGAAUGGAACUCUGCAGUUUUUCAGGUUCAGUCCUGAGAAGUGGAUGAGUGAGAUUCAUGACUCCCAGAUAAGAUGCCGUGCAACCAAUCCGUACGGUACAAUAGUAUCUUCUCUACUGCACGUCAGAGCAGUUGUGUCAGAACAUCAGCUGGUCCAGGUAGUCGGAGAACCGGUUUUAAAACUAAACACUGGAAUACUCAAAUGCCAGGUCCCGGCCUCGCUGAAGCACAGUUCGGAGGUUGUCUCCUGGAAGUUUGGGAAUAAUUAUAUUUAUCCUACUAAAUCAUGGACUUCAGGUCUAGAUAUAGUGAUGGUACCGAAUGGAGAGCUCCAUAUCUCGUCUGUCGACUACAGGCACACUCAUCAUCCGUACUUCUGUAUCAUUCGGAACCUGGAGACAGGGAUCAACCAGGAGAGCCUUCCUUUCCAUCUCACAGUAAAAGAUACAAUUCCAUUGAUGCGUCCGGAGCAAAUGUCUGACCAGGAGUUUUAUAUCAGCGUUGAACAGGGGCACAUUGCAGCUCUACCAUGCAGGGUUCAAUCCUCUCCACCACCUACUCUCAGUUGGUUCAAUGUUCGGAGCAACCUGCUUCAGCCUGUUACUCAGGGUACAAGGAUACAUGCUACAGCUCAUAUGCUGGUCAUCACGGAUACACAGGUGUCAGAUAGUGGUCAGUACAGAUGCACUGCUCGGAAUGAGGUUGGUGAAACAAGUAUUACAAUUCACCUUCAAGUUGAACCUCCACUGGUUGUUG